UCAUUCCACAGUCCCUAAACCGCACACAAUUACACUGUUUGUUUUCUCUUGUCCAAUUCCAAUUCUGCAAUUGAAUGGGGGGCAAACUUGAAGCAUUACCACCUCUCAAAAGGUUCAUUCUAAUGCAAAAACACCAAGAAAAUGACGUUGUUCUUCCUGCCAAAAAGCGAAAACAUUGCCCAGAAUCAAAUCAACCUCUCCCUUCCCCUUGUUGCCUGCCGGCCAAGAAAAGGGUGUGGGCAAUCCACCCACUAGACCUCAAUCAAGAAUUCAAUCCCAUAUUCGAUGACGAGAUCGGGGAGGAAAAGGGGAUGAAACAAAUCCAAGCUGCAGAAAAUCAAGAAGCUCAAGAACCAGAAACCAAUGAUAAUGAUGAUGAUGGGAUUGUGUGUGCUGUCUGUGAAAGCACAGACGGGGACCCAUCAGAUCCCAUAGUCCUCUGCGACGGCUGUGAUCUCAUGGUUCACACCACCUGUUACGGCCACCCCUUCACCAACGGAGUUCCCGAAGGCGAUUGGUUCUGCGCCCACUGUCUCGCAAAACCCCAAACCCAAACCCCCAUUUCUUGCUCCCUCUGCCCGCUCCCCGCCGGCGCUCUGAAACCUACCACCGACGGGAAAUGGGCCCACCUCGUAUGCGCUCUCUUCGUUCCCGAGGUGUUCUUCGCCGACCCGGAAGCCCGGGAAGGGAUCGAUUGCAGCAAAGUGCCCAAGAGAAGAUGGGAGCGCAAAUGUUAUGUCUGCAAAUCCAGAAAUGGGUGCGCCAUUGAUUGCUCUGAGCCCAAAUGCCCCUUGGCCUUUCAUGUCACUUGUGGCUUGGAACAGGAUUUGUGUAUUGAGUAUAAUCAAGGCAGAACUAAAGGCGCCAUUGUUGCUGGAUUUUGCAAAGCCCAUUCUGAUUUGUGGAAAAAGCAACAACAAACAGGGAAGUUCAAGAUUGUUGCCAGAGAUGAGGAGGAGAAAUAGGAGUGGUGAAGAGAUUUCAAAUCUUGAAAGAGAACUGAAAUUUGGGUUGUUUUAGUGAGAAAAUAUAUACCUAGUUUGUAGCAGGGCAUUGUUGUAAUUCAUCACUCAUGUUUACUUUAAUGAGAAUUAAAUUGUUUGGGACAA